CUUCCUUCCUUUUAGCAGACUUCUUUACAUUAGUCUCGCUCUUUUCCGCCAGGUCACAGUUCCCGUGAGUUUGGAAAAGUUAAAUAUCCCGAUAAUUUCGUGGAUAUUUACACAAAUUUCGAUCUCAAAAUGAAAAUAUGGACAUCAGAACACAUCUUUUGUCACCCAUGGGAAACUGUGGCCCAAGCUUCGUGGAGAAAAUAUCCAAAUCCCAUGAACCCAAAUGUGGUGGCCAUUGAUGUCCUUGAAAGGGAUGUUAAAAAUGGAAUUUUACAUUCAAGAAGAUUACUUAGUUCCAAAUGGGUUUUUCCAGGAUGGGCUAGAAAGAUAUUGGGCAGUGAAAGAAUUUGUUAUGCCAAAGAGAAUUCAACCGUGGAUCCUACAAAUAGAAUUAUGACCCUUUUCACCCAAAAUCUGACAUUCUGCCAUUUAAUGUCAAUUGAUGAACGUUUGAGUUACACUGCACAUCCUGAAGACCCUUCCAAAACAUUGCUCACUCAAGAAGCUGUAGUGACGGUGAGGGGAGUUCCACUUUCAUCAUACCUAGAAGGAUUUCUAACUAAUACCAUAUCUCUGAAUGCCAACAAAGGAAGACAGGCAAUGGAAUGGGUGAUCGGAAAACUUAAUGCCGAGGUUCAUGACCUUACCACCACUGCGGCCAAAAAUUUACAUGUUCUGACAUCCCCGCCGACGGUCCAAGCAUCAAGUUUGCCGGAAUGCUAGCACCCUUUUCAAUUUAGUCCAAGUAAUAAAGGAUAUUUUCAAAUGAAAUGUCUUCAUUAGAUCCGCAAAAAAAAAAAAAAAAAAAAACGAGAAGAAAAAAAAAAAGAAACAUUCGAUGCAAGCAGAUCUAAAAUUAGAACUAUUUUCAAAUACCCAUCGCAUUUUUUACAAAUCGAUUUAUAAGAGUUGUAAACAUGUUUGUCAGGGUUUCUUUGGUUACUUAAAUAUCUUUGGUAACUGGAAUUGGUGAGUUGUAAUACAAUCUGUAAAUAGGUUUGAAAUGGGAAA